CAGAACUGAAAAUGCCAAAGGAUUAUAAUGUUUUUCAAAUGCUGAUUGCAGCCCUUUGCUGUUUUUAUCAUCGUAAGUCUAUUAUCAGAGUCAAGUUUUCUAGGGAGAGGCAAGUUAUGGACAACAGCCCAGAAAAACUGAAGAAGGAGUUAGAGGAAGAACUGCAGCUAAGCAGUGAAGACUUGCGUAGCCAUGCCUGGUACCACGGACGUAUUCCUCGGCAGGUGGCAGAAGGCCUAGUUCAGAGAGAUGGAGAUUUUCUGAUUAGGGAUUCUCUUUCCAGUCCUGGGAACUUUGUUCUUACUUGUCAGUGGAAAAAUACCUCUCAGCAUUUUAAAAUCAACAGAACAGUUCUAAGACUCAAUGAAGCCUACUGCCGUGUUCAGUAUCAGUUUGAACUUGAAAGUUUCGACAGCAUCCCCGGCUUAGUUAGAUGCUAUGUUGGGAAUCGCACACCAAUAUCAAAGCAGAGCGGAGCAAUUAUUUUCCAGCCGAUCAACAGGACUGUGCCUCUCAGGUGUCUAGAAGAAAAGUAUGGUAUAACUCCUGUCCGACAAAAAGAGCCAAGUAUCCCUGAAGGAAAAACAGAAACUGCAAAAAGGCUGAGUCUUGGUGUAUCCAGCAUGCAGUCCCCAGAGCAGAGCAUACCCAGAGGAAAUCUUUUGAGAAACAAAGAAAAAAGUGGUAGCCAGCCAGCUAGUUUGGAUCAUCUUCUGGAGAAAAGAUUCCCUCUAAAGGCUCACCAGUCAGAGAGCUAUCUGCUAAUAGGUUCAAGACAUCCAUCUCGAUUACCUGAAGCAGAUGGAGACUCCUGUCCAAGCUCUCCUGCAUUUAGAACAGGCAGUGAACCUUCUCUAAGCCCCACAGUUGUUCAGAAAGUCACCUCUGAGUCACAAAUAGGAGAAGCUCUUAGAGGAUCAGACAGUCAGCUCUGUCCGAAGCCUCCACCUAAACCCACUAAAGUACCCCUGAUGAAGCCCCUGGAUGCUCCUUUGGCUUCCCAUGGUUCAGAAGGACACUAUUGUGAACUAGGCCCUGCCAGAGAUCCUGCAGCAACAAAACAACAUUUAUGUCAGAAAAACAGCUAUGUGGAACAUCUGACACGAAAGGAGAGGGGAACACACUCAUUCAGGAACUCUGAAACAAACUAUUUGAUCCUGGAAGAUGACCCUACAAUGAACUCUGCAGAUCCUUUAGAAGCUUCAUCUGAGAUGGCUGAAGAAGAGAGCAUCUUUUCUGCACCUGUUUUUGAGACAGUGUCUACUUUUAAACCUAAUGAUUUUGAAUCCAAACUACUUCCUCCUGAAAACAAGCCAUUGGAAACAUCAAUGUUAAGAAGAGUUAAAGAGCUUUUCACCAACAACAAUCCAAAGAUUAUUGCACAGCAUAUUCUUAGAAUGGACUGCAAG